UAAACUUAUUAAAUAGGCUGGGAAAAUGGUAAAGCAAACGAUUAAAAUAUUUGGUCGCCUGAAGCCUACCAAAAAGAAUCUUUGCGUUUACGAAAUUCAAAGUGACGAAACCGAAAAAGACCGAAUUAUGUUUGCUGUACCUAGAGACUCGAAACUUUUCAUCAAUAACACGAAAGAAGAAUUUAAGUUCCAAUUUGAUCACAUUUUUGAACGCGAUGCAAAACAGGAAGAAGUGUUCGAGAAUGUAGCUCGCGAUGUGAUUGACAACUGCCUCUCUGGCUACAAUGGAACCAUUUUUGCCUAUGGUCAAACAGGAAGUGGUAAAACUUUCACGAUAACUGGCGGAGCUGAGAAAUAUUCCGAUAGGGGUAUCAUACCACGAUGCCUCGAGUACCUCUUUUCGCAAUUUGAGAAGCAGCCAAACCUGGCUUUUCAGACUCACAUUUCGUACCUGGAAAUAUACAAUGAAAGUGGGUAUGAUCUUUUGGAUCCAAACAAAGAGAUCAAGAAAAUGGAAGACCUUCCAAAGGUUGCAUUGAUGGAAGACUCAGAUGGCUCAGUGCACCUCCGCAACCUGUCUAUUCAUCAAGCAAACUCAGAGGAAGAUGCACUCAAUUUACUGUUCAUCGGAGACACCAACCGAAUGGUAGCCGAGACUCCCAUGAACCAAGCAUCCACCAGGUCUCACUGUAUUUUCACCAUACACAUAUCCAGCAGGGAACCUGGCUCCGCUACCAUCAGAAAGGCCAAAUUGCAUCUCGUAGAUCUAGCGGGAAGUGAGAGGGUUCAUAAAACAGGUGUCAAUGGCACGCUGUUAACGGAGGCCAAAUACAUCAACGUUUCACUUCACUUUCUGGAGCAGGUAAUCGUUUCUCUGUCCGAGAAGAAUAGAACUCACAUUCCCUACCGUAACUCUUUGAUGACCUCAGUUCUCCGAGACUCACUUGGAGGCAACUGUAUGACUACUAUGGUUGCAACUCUCUCUGCUGAGUUAAAAAACAUAGACGAAUCUAUCUCGACGUGUCGUUUCGCUCAACGAGUGGCUCUGAUUAAGAACGACGUAAGUGUGAACGAAGAGUUAGACCCGAGACUGAUGGUUGCGAAGCUGAAGAAAGAAGUGCAGGAAUUAAAAACCCAACUGGCGAUGGGAUCCGAAGAUGGAAUGAUGCUAACUGAGGCACUCGGUGCAGAAGAACUAGACAACUGGAAGGUUAGAUGUAGGAAAUACCUGGAUGAUAAAGACCCGGAAGCAGUUCUUGAAACGGGACCCGAUUUGAGGAAGAUAUUGGCUUGCUUCAAGUUUCUGAAAGCGUUUUACAAUGAAGCUGUCAAAAGCUCUAAAGCACUUCCGACUAGCGCAAGGUCAACUCUGCAGCAAGCUACUGUUCACGAAAGUCCGAACAUGCAAAUGGUUCCGAUGAGUGCUUAUGAUAGUAAAGAAGUCCAGGAAUUGAAACAAGUUUUAAAACAGAGAGACAAUGAAAUCAAUAUCCUCGUCAGCAUGUUGAAAAAAGAGAAGGCUAAGAAUUUGAACACUUCUAGUCUAACAAGUAAUGUAAAUUCUUCUGUUUCAACUAACGGAAGUAGUAAUUUUGAAUAUUCAACAGCUGAGAGGAAGUAUGAUAGAAAUGAAAUGCGAGAAUCUUAUAGUUCAAAUACGAGUGCAUAUUCUUCUGCGCCGGAACAAACCAAGAACAGCAAAAACAUGAGCCGAGAGUCAACAGUCAGUACUUCCAUGGCAAUAGAUAAUCAGAAUAGAGUCGCAAUUGGUCAUUCGAACAAUGCAUACAGUCAUAAGGCUACUGUGAACAACAUAGUUCAGAAGAAAAUGGGCGACAUGUCAGUGGGUCGGCAGGAGGCUUUUGAAAUCUUCAAGCGAGACUACAAGGACAGGGAGGGGAUAGAGAGGAAGAAGGCACAGCUGAAGGAGUGCUACGCCACUGCCAAACACAAGGGACAAGCAGUCAACCACUACAGACUCAAAAUUAAUGAACUGAAGGCGGCCUUGCAGCAGUGUAGAAUAUCGGCAGCAGUGGGAGGGGCAGGGGACUCAGGCUCAGGGGAGACGAGUGAAGAGGAGAGACGACUGAGACAAAGCAUGGAGAGGGAGAAGGAAAAGUACAAGGAGUUGUUUGAUGAGUUAAAGCAGACUAAGAAUGAGAUAGAACAUCUGCAGCACAUGUUGGAACAGGAUAAACUCCUCAUCGUCAAGGAGUUCGAGGCCUGGUGGGCCACCCAAGAACAGAAGCAGGAGCAGAAACAACUAAGCCACACUCAAGGAGAUACUCACUACUCUCGGGACUCAACGAUGAACUCUUCGAAGACUAUGACUCAUUCUACGAACUAUUUGCCAAACUCAGACUCGAACCAUCAAAUCACACGCAACUCCAGUUCAUCUUCAUCCUCCCUUAAAAGUAGACAUAUAACAGAGGCAAACAGCAGUAGCGGUGCUUCAAAUUCUCAGUCUCCGAUCAACUCUUCGAUUCCUCUGACUGGAGACGCCAAGGCGGAUGCAGAUAUAAUCGCUUUUUUCAAAGCCAGACAAAAAGCACUGGGUCCAAGAUGAGGAUAUGUCACUGUUUUGAAACUGAAAAAUUUGAACGUGGCGCUGAAUUCAAGUCAGUUUUUGAUAAGGAAGGAACAUUUGAACUCGUCUCGACGCUGUUAGUUGCUUGCAAAUGAGCGAGAGGGAAUGCCUGAUUUUUUUGUAGAUUUGAAACAAAUCUGUAAAUGUACAUUUGUAAAUAUCAUCACCAUGUCCAUUUGCUUUUAGUUAGAAAUUUAU